UCUGUCGCCCCCUUUCCGCAAGGGGCUCUGGGACCUUUGAGAUUCCUGUCAAGUCCACUCAAGGGCCUGCGAGGACCUAACGAGCCCUUCAGAACUACCCCAAGGAGCUGAGCAUGACACGGGACGAGGCACUGCUGGACUCACAUUCCACAGAGGGUUUCUAUGAGAACUAUGAGCCCAAGGAGAUCCUGGGCAGGGGAGUUAGCAGUGUCGUCAGGCGCUGUAUCCACAAGCCCACGUGCAAGGAGUACGCCGUGAAGAUCAUUGACGUCACCGGCGGAGGCAGUUUCAGCCCCAAGGAGGUGCGGGAGCUGCGAGAGGCCACGCUGAAGGAGGUGGACAUCCUGCACAAGGUGUCAGGAUACCCCAACAUCAUACAGCUGAAGGACACUUAUGAGACCAACACUUUCUUCUUCUUGGUGUUUGAUCUGAUGAAGAGAGGGGAGCUCUUUGAUUACCUCACUGAGAAGGUCACCCUGAGUGAGAAGGAAACCAGGAAGAUCAUGAGAGCCCUGCUGGAGGUGAUCUGCACCUUACACAAACUCAACAUUGUACAUCGCGACCUGAAGCCCGAGAACAUCCUCUUGGAUGAUGACAUGAAUAUCAAGCUCACAGACUUUGGCUUUUCCUGCCAGCUGGAGCCAGGAGAGAAGCUACGAGAGGUCUGUGGGACCCCCAGUUACUUGGCCCCUGAGAUCAUUCAGUGCUCCAUGAACGAUGACCACCCGGGCUACGGGAAGGAGGUGGACAUGUGGAGCACAGGGGUCAUCAUGUACACGCUGCUGGCCGGCUCCCCGCCCUUCUGGCACCGGAAGCAGAUGCUGAUGCUGAGGAUGAUCAUGAGUGGCAACUACCAGUUUGGCUCCCCCGAGUGGGAUGACUACUCGGACACCGUGAAAGACUUGGUUUCCCGCUUCUUGGUGGUGGACCCCCAGGGCCGCCUUACGGCAGAAGAGGCCUUGGCGCACCCCUUCUUCCAGCAGUAUGAUGUGGAGGAAGUGCGGCACUUCAGCCCGCGGGGGAAAUUCAAGGUGAUCGCUCUGACGGUGCUGGCUUCAGUGCGGAUCUACUACCUGUACCACCGGGUGAAGCCUGUGACCCGGGAGAUCGUCAUUUGUGACCCCUAUUCCCUCCGGCCUCUGCGCCGACUCAUCGACGCCUACGCUUUCCGGAUCUAUGGCCACUGGGUAAAGAAAGGCCAGGCGCAGAACCGGGCGGCCCUCUUUGAGAACAAACCCAAGGCCGUGCUGUUCUCCCAGGUCGAGGAGGACUACUGAGGGGCUGGCAGGAGGGAGGGGGAACGAGGGCACCGGCAGCGAGGGGAAGCCACAGAAACGUUAACCAAAGGG